UAGCAAUGGUGUAGAAUACCUACAAGGAGGAAGAAACAGAAGUGAAGGAGUUUAGGACAAAACCUGCGCUGAAGCUUGCGUCGAGUGUGUCAGCGGAGCGGUCGUGGGUCAAAGGCACGAAGAAGGGGUGGCACCAUGGAGAGCGAGACUGCGCCCCCUGCCUCCAGCAACAGCACAAGCCCACCCACUUCCACCACCAACACCUCCACCAGUAUGGCCAAUACAGCCUGUACUCCCAGUAGCAGCAGCAGUGCCAGUACUCCCAGCAGCAGUAGCAGUGGGACUGCCAGACAGCCCGUGUCCCAAAUAUCAGUCUACAGUGGCAUAUCAGAUCGACAAACCGUCCAGGUGAUCCAGCAAGCUUUGCACAGACAGCCCAGUACGGCUGCGCAGUACCUGCAACAAAUGUAUGCGGCGCAGCAGCAACACCUCAUGCUGCAGACGGCUGCUCUUCAGCAGCAACACCUGAGCACCACGCAGCUCCAGAGCCUAGCAGCCGUGCAACAGGCCAGUAUCGCCGCUGGACGGCAAAACUCCACCCAAAACGGCACUUCCGCAACGCAGAAUGGAUCUACCCAGACUACUAUUAAUCUAACCAGCUCUCCGGCAGCUGCUCAGUUGAUCAGUCGUGCCCAAAAUGUAAACUCUGCCCCUGCAAGCAUCUCCCAGCAGGCAGUGUUGCUAGGCAACCCCGCCAGUCCAGCUCUCACAGCCAGCCAAGCACAGAUGUACCUGCGUGCCCAGAUGGCACAGCAGAGUAACUUGGUCCAUGUGGCCAGGAGCCUGGGACGGGCUGUCCCCCUGUCCCCUCAGCUUAUACUGGCCCCCACUGCCACUGUCACAGCCUUGCAGUCUGACACCUCCACACAGUCCUCCUCACAGCAGUCUGCUCCCGCACAGGUGCAGAACUUGGCUGUUCGCAGUCAGCAGCAGGCGGCGUCCUCCUACUCCUCCUCCUCCUCCUCCUGCCCAUCGACAGGUUUACAGGGUCUGAGUCUGAAACAGACUCCCGUCUCCAUACAGCCCACAGCCCUCAUUAAGACGCCCAGUCUCAAUGCCGCAGGGUCAAAGACUGCUCUGCCUCCCACCUCCUCAGAGGGGGCAAAGAAGAGUGAGAGUUCAGUGGGGUCAGAGGUCAAACCAGUUAACAUGAGCCGGACAGUGACUUCAUCUCACCCUCUCAUCGCUCCGGCGUAUGCACAGAUUCAGCCUCAUGCUCUGGUGAAACAGCAGCCUCAGCAGUUUGUAAUCCAGCAGCAGGCUCCACCCACCCCAAGAGCCCAAAGCCAAUUAUUGCAGACUGCAUCUGUGCAGCCACACCCACAGGCCUCUUCUCUGACCAUCCAAUCGGCCAUUGCCAAUCAGACUUCCGGCCAAACAGGCUCAAUCCCUGUUCUUCCCAAAUCAGCUUUGCACCAGGGCACCUCUCCAGCGCAGCAAGCCACGAUUUUCCACUCCACCGUCAGUCCCCAUGCUCUGGCCCACCACGGACCGCACUCCUCUCCUGUGACACAGGCCAAAGGCCAGCCUGUUCAACUCACUGCCAUAAACCUCCAGAUCCAACCUGCACACAGCCAGGUUUCCAAGCUCACUCAGGAUUGCAAAGAUAAGCCCACCUCUUUGGUAGUCAGAGAGAGCUGCCUACCACUGGCUGUUCAGGCAGCUGCUUCUACGCCACCCCAGGACCCAAGCCCUCCUGAAAAGCCCAAAACAGACUCAGUCACUUUCCCAAAACCAACACCAGGGGCUUGCACGGCGGAGUCGGCGUGUGUUUCAGAAGCUGCCCCGCCGCAGACGAUGACUUCAGGAAACGAGAGUGAGCCAGCCGCCGUGACCGGCAGCACCGCUCAUAACGGCGAGAAUAAGCCGCCGCAGGCGAUAGUGAAACCGCAUGUCUUGACGCACGUCAUCGAGGGCUUCGUCAUUCAGGAGGGAGCCGAGCCUUUCCCCGUGGAGCGGGCUGUAGGACAGGGAGACAGCCCAAAGAAACCAGACCAGCAGCUUCCCUCGGACCCUGAGAAGACGCCUGUCAGCAACCCCCCCACUAAUACAACUGACUCUGAAACAGAGGAGCCAAACCAACAGGACACAGCUGUCCAGAGUCACAAGGAAGCAGACGCCCCUAAACUGAAGUGUGAGUUCUGUGGCUGGCUGGACUUUGCCUACAAGUUUAAAGGCUCCAAGAGGUUCUGCUCCAUGGUGUGUGCUAAAAGGUACAAUGUUGGGUGCACAAAACGUAUAGGGCUUUUCCACCCAGACAGGACUAAAACAGCCAAUCGCUGGAGACGACGGUCGCGCAGUCGAGGCCGGCGAAUGGAGGCAAAGAAACAGAAACUGUCCACAGCCCAGCAGUCUCAGGGCGAGUCCGUGUCUUCACCGUUACCUUCACAGCCCAGUAUUGGGGAGUCCAGUCCGUGUUCAGACAUGUCCAGCUACGAGGAACCACCGUCUCCUCUCUCUGCAGCCAGCUCUGGCCCCCCACGGCACCUGAUGGAGAGGAGUCCCGCACAGGAAGAGCUUCCCCUCCUCACACAGCACUUUCUCCCCUGUGACCCGACCAAAUGGAACGUGGAGGAGGUGUUCGAAUUUAUACGCUCCCUGCCUGGUUGCCAGGAGAUAGCCGAUGAGUUCCGCUCUCAGGAGAUUGAUGGACAGGCCAUGCUGCUGCUUAAAGAGGACCACCUCAUGAGUGCCAUGAACAUAAAGCUGGGACCCGCGCUGAAGAUCUACGCCCGCAUAAACAUGCUCAAAGACUCAUAGCCUUCACACGGGUGCAUGUGUGUGUGGGCGUCCCUUCAGCACAUGAACUGACAUCUGCAAACAGACGGAACUUAAGUGUCCCCCAGCGUGCCAUUUCCUCUGGAGCCACGGCCAUAAGCAAGGUUAUGUUUGGAACCUAACAGCACAAACCCCAGUACCUACCAUCGCCAGCACAAGCCCCCACCCCCCUCCGCCAGCACAAGUCCCCAAAGGACUUUCUGGAGGGCCAGCUGAGGAAGCAAUCCUGAAGUGGAAUCUUGAAAACUGUCACCCAACAUUUCUACAUGUCAAAGCAAAGGAGCUGUUAGACUUAAGCGAAUGCCUCUAUUGAUUUUUUUUUUUUAUGUAGUUGCCUAAUGCUUUUAUAUGACAUUAAAGUAAAUUAUUCAAAUGAGUGAUAGCAUUUUUAACCCCAAGUGACUGGUGCUAUUUAACAACCGUGUGUAAAAUGAAACUGAUUUGACACACGUGAUCAGUUUAUGGAGAGUUUUCCUAUGUUAAAGCUCUUGUAGUUUAGUCCUUAUCCACACUUGGCCAAACACACACCAUAAAUAUGCUUUUUCUCCAUGUAACCUACAAAAGGCAACUCUGUAGCAGCUAAUGCCACUCCAGUGCAACUGCAUGUGGAAUUCUGUGCC